CUUACAUCGCAUCGGGCUGGCGAGCGACGGAGGGGAGGAUCCGGCUUUAUUGGAGAAAAGGCGAAAAGGCGGCGAGCGGCGCGAACUGCAGUGGGGUCUUUUCCGCAGUUCGCCUUCGCCUCGGAGCCGCAAAGAUGCCCCGUUCCUUCCUCGUCAAGAAACACUUUUCGGCCAGCAAGAAGCCCAAUUACAGCGAAUUGGAAAGCCAGACGGUGAUCGUCUCCCCGUUUUUGUACGACAAAUAUCCCUUGUCUGUCAUCCCUCAACCAGAUCUCUUGAGUGCUGGUUCUUACUAUCCUCCGCUAGUCUGGGACACAGGGCUGUUCUCUAACUUCUUCAACUCGGAAUCGGAGUACAAGAAAAGUGCAGCUUCUCCACCCAGCCCCGAUGCCAAACCCCUGGACCUGACCUCCUUGUCGAGUGAAGAGGAAGAUGGCAAGACCAGCUCUGACCCGCCCAGCCCAGCCUCCUCUGCCACCGAAGCCGAGAAAUUCCACUGCAGCCAGUGCAGCAAAUCCUACUCAACUUUUGCUGGCCUUUCCAAGCACAGACAGUUGCAUUGUGAUUCCCAGACCAGGAAAUCUUUCAGCUGCAAAUAUUGCGAAAAGGAAUAUGUGAGCUUGGGGGCUCUCAAGAUGCACAUCCGAAGCCAUACCUUGCCCUGUGUGUGUAAGAUCUGCGGCAAAGCAUUCUCAAGGCCAUGGCUCCUGCAGGGCCACAUCAGAACGCACACUGGGGAAAAGCCAUUUUCCUGCACACACUGUAGCCGGGCCUUUGCUGACCGCUCCAAUCUCCGUGCUCACCUGCAGACCCAUUCAGAUGUUAAGAAGUAUCAGUGUAAAACUUGCUCCCGGACUUUCUCUCGCAUGUCACUUCUCCACAAACAUGAAGAAACAGGCUGCAUUGGAACCCGUUGAAUCCCAUGGACUCCUCCGUGCAAAGCCAUAUAUUGUAACUAGUGUCCCUAGGAAAAUAGUUCUGAGCUGCCACAAACAGCUUAUAUUGAAAUCUGGUUGUUUCCAGCUGCUUCAGGCCUUAAAGCAUCAUACACAAUGCUUCUUUCACUCUUUGUCUUCAAGAGAAUUUUUCAAACCUGAUUUGCCUUUGUAUUCCAUUCCCUGGCCCUCGUGGUGGCAAAAUGCUUCUUGAUUCAAGCCCAUGCAUGAUCAUUGCUUCAUCGGAAAUGAUGGGUUGCCAAACAACAUGGGAUGAUAUUUUAAAACGAGGUUCUAAAACCUGGUGCUAUCCAAAUGGGUUGGAUAUAUGUCCCCAGAAUUUUUAGAAAUACGGAAUUUUUUAUCAGGGAAUUCAGUAUGUUAGAGCCCACACUCUGCAGGGUACCAAUACGGGAACAGCUUCUCCAAAAACUGACAUAUAGCUAAAAACAUCUUGUUGAGCUGCUCAACUGGGAUCAGAUAUAUCCUUCGGGAACUUGUAGGCAGAUUAUAAGGAUAACGAUUACCUCUUUUUCCUGCCCCCUGCAUCUGGUACUCAAAAAGUUUACUGCCACUAAUCAUGCCCGCUUUCAUAUCUAACACCCGCUGAGUCCUCUCCCCUCAGAAUUGUUUCCAGCUUCUUCAAAGCCAUCUGAGUUAAUAGCAUUCACUAACAUUUUACAAAUGGGAAAAAUAUUCCGAAUCUCGUGCCUACCUUGCCUGAAAGACCAGUCUUUCGUUUUGAUCCUUUAAAAAAAGAUGACUAGAAUAAUAGAUUCACAGUAAUUCAUGACCCUGAAUUGAUAUGCCUCUAAACAAAGGGCAGAAAGCCAAGUGUUAACGCCUCCCCACCAUCUCAAACUCUCCUUAGUGCAGCUAUGCAGGGAUACAGUAUUUCAUUAGUUCUGGGUCAGCAGAGGGAUAAUUCGCAAUGCUUCAAAGACUUAUGUCUGCAGAAGGCACUGGGUAGCCAUUCAAAGCAAGGCUCCUGUUUACACGAGCAGCUAUGCACUCAAGCACCUGUUAAUAUGACUUCUUUUAACAACUGCUUUUUUUCAAAAGAACUGUGACUAAUAGCAGGCACUUGUCAGGCGGUUCAAUAGCCGCCUGGGCAGGGAAGGCUGCCCCAUUGACAGGUGUGUGCCAAAAGAGCUACUUAAGGUUAUUGACAGGUGCCUCCUGAAUGCAUUUCUAUUGUACAUUGUUUCCACAUCAACAACAACAAAAAACAAAAGGGUAUGUUUACAUUUCAAAGGUACACUGGUAUUUAUAUAUUUUUGUGCCACAAUUUUAUACUGAAUUAAAAAAAAUACUUUUUAUAUAUAAUUAUAUACAAUUUAUUGAUAUUCAAUAAAAAGGGUAAUUUAUAA